AUGUCUGGCGUAAAUGCUCGGCACUGUCUACAAGCAAGUCUUUCCUCGCGCAUCUCCUUCACCCGGCCCCCACUGACCAUCGAUGACAGCGCGGUCCUCCGCAGCAACACCACCAUGUUGUUCACCGUCUUCGGUGCCGCUUUCGGCCUUCAGCUGGCGUUCGACACCUCCUCGGACAAGAUCUGGGACAGAGUUAACCGCGGCCGACAAUGGAAGGACAUCAAGCACCGAUACAUGGAGGCUGCCGAGGACGACGAGUAGGAAAAGCGACUAGACUACGACUCGAGCAUGAUAUAGACUUCUCUUUGCGGUUCUUGGGGACGGCCAAAGUCCAUGGCAGUGUAAUCUACAACAUGUGAAAUACCAAUUCAAGUUGGCAAU